AAAGUGGAAGCGAGGUUUGGCACGCUCCUGUGCCUUCCGAUGUCCGCUUGAGCUCGGUUUUUGUCCGAUUCGAGGUGAUCGCGAUGUUGGUACAGGGAUUCUGUGGGUGACAGGCCGAGAAACGCCUGCCUGACCCGAUUGAUCAGUCACGAUGAUGGCCAACCGGAAGAUCGAGUGCAUUUUCUUCAGUGAGUUUCAUCCAACUCAUGGCACAAAGAUAACCUACCAGGUUCCGGAGGAAUACAUUUUUCGAGAGCUGUUUGACUCCGUGCAUGUGUAUAUCAUUACCAAACAUGAGCUGCAGAACAAACUAAUCACAGUAACUGCCAUGGACAAGAAGCUGAUUGGUUGUCCUGUAUGCAUUGAGAACAAGAAAUACAGUCGAAAUGCUCUGCUCUUUAACCUAGGCUUUGUGUGUGAUGCUCGAGCAAAGACGUGUGCUCUGGAGCCCAUCGUGAAGAAGCUAGCGGGAUAUCUCACCACACUGGAGCUGGAAACUGGGUUUAUCUCAAAUGAAGAUAGCAAACAGAGAUUGGUGCCUAUAAUGAAUAUCUUACUGGAAGGCCUUAACUCCACGGGCGAAUGUUCCCUCCCUAUAGAUGAGAGUAACACUAUGCAUUUGAAAGUGAUUGAGCCUCGAGUGUCGCCACCAACCGCACAGGAAUACGAUGUUCCUGUCUUUAUUGAAGAGAAAGAAGAUUUUAGUAAUUCACAAUGGGAUUUAACCACUCAGCAGAUCCUUCCAUACAUUGAUGGUUUCCGUCACAUCCAGAAGAUUUCUGCAGAGGCUGAUGUGGAACUGAACCUUGUGCGAAUUGCAAUCCAAAACCUGAUGUACUAUGGAGUGGUUACAUUAGUUUCAAUAUUUCAGUAUUCCAAUGUAUAUUGUACAACUCCACUGGUGCAUGAGCUUAUCCAUGACAAAGCUUUACAAGAGGAAUGUCUGAACUACGUGAGUAAGCCAGGCCUUAAGCGGCCCAGUCUCCGUGAUGUCUUCCAGCUGUACUGUGGCCUAAGCCCAGGUACUACAGUAAGAGAUCUGAUCGCUCGAUAUACACAGCAGCUACAAAGAGUGGAUGAAAGAAAACUCAUUCAGUUUGGGCUGAUUAAGAAACUCAUCAGGAGGCUGCACAAAUAUCCGGUGAAGGUGUCUCGUGAUGAGAGGAGCCCUGCUCGCCUGUAUACGGGGAGCCACAGCUAUGAUGAGAUCUGCUGCAAAACAGGGAUGAGUUAUCGGGAGCUUGAUGAAAGGCUGGACAGUGAUCCCAAUAUUAUUGUGUGUUUGAAGUAAGCUGCUGUAUGACGUGUCUUGGGAGAGGAGCGCUUAGACCUCCUGCUUUGGAUGAUUUGCGGGGAAGACCAAACUGGACUGCUGAACACUGACAUUACUAUGUAUAAGAGCCGUUUGCAGUUAGAUAUUUAAUAAAAACUCUAGGAACAAGGGAUCCUCAUCAAUACUGUUAAUAUGUGAAUUAAAAGAUUUUAUUUA